AUUGUUUUAUUUUCUCUUUAUGCAUUCGUUUUUCUUGAAUUUUUUGUUUCGAUCGGAAUACCGGGUUUUCACCGAAAAUAUCGAUAGAUAGUUCAUGUUUUUUGCCAUUCCUAGCAUUUAUUUCGGCGCGUAUAUUUCAUUUACAGUUGUGUCGGUCGUUCCAUUUUUUCUUGUUUUAUUAGUUUUGUUUUCGAAUGAAAAACUAAGAUGGACUUUGACGCCGCAAAGGAAAACAUCCAGCCUUUGGCCAGCGGUCGCAAUGUGAGCUUGCUGCAGGCGUCCCUCUCCCAGGACCCCACACAAAGCCAGGAGCUGCUGGCGCAGCGCAAGCAAAUGGAAAAGGACGUGCACACAUACACUGGCAAUGAUCCGCUGGAGCCGUGGUAUACGUACAUCUGCUGGAUUGAGCAGAGCUAUCCGGCGGGCGGCACCAGUUCUGGCCUGCAGACGGCCCUCUACCAAUGCCUGACCAAAUUCGAGCAGGACGAGCGCUACAGACAGGACAGGCGGCUCAUCAAGCUCUUCAUCAAAUUCAUGAAGAAUCAGGAGGAUCAGAUCGAGUGCUACCAGCAGCUGUACAACAGCGGAAUCGGCACAAUGCUGGCGGACUUGUACAUUGCCUGGGCAUAUUGCUACGACCUGAGCGGCAACAUGCGCAAGGCCGAUGAGAUCCUCCGCCUGGGCCUCUCCUGCCGGGCCGAGCCGCUGGAAGAGUUGAAGGAGGCCCAUCAGCAUUUCAACUACGCGGUUGCUCAGCGCAUGCUCUAUUCCGAUGGUGAUGAGGCCAAUGCUGCGACCCAAGAGCUGAAUGAGCGUCGUAUGGCGCUGCAGUCGCUGCAUGGUCAACGGAAGAGAAGCAGCAACACCAUCACAGUGGGCAGUGUACGCACUGGUGCAGCGGUCAAGAGCCAGAUGCCGGGCGUGGUGCAGGCGGAUGCUCCCAGCACAAGCCGCAUGCGCAAUGCCGGUCGCAAUGUGGAGGUCUUCAACGAUGAGAACACCGAUUUCAAUGUCCCGCCACCAGUCGAGCCGGAAGUGAAGUCCAGCUUACGUUCGAUCAUCGACGCGGCCCGUGAUCAGGAGAAUCUUAAGGAGCCGGUGGCUUGGAACAAGGCCCACGUCAAGCCUCACAAGCCUGGCAAGAUCUUCGGCUGCAAUGCCGCUCCAGACCUGGCCUUCGACAUACACGUGGAUGAACAGAAACUGCCGCCCAUCACCAACUACGAGCGCCACAUUGACAAACCGUUCAAGUUUCCGCCCAACUUUGUGGCGAAAAAUAAGCCGCAGGAGGCCUGGAUAACGCCAGUAACCAUUGAGGAUGAGCCCAACACAAACGGCCUGCCGUGCUACCAGAAGUGCAUGCUGUACCCGCGCCCCAACCUGGAGUUCUCCCCAGAGGAGUACCGCGCCUAUUGCUUCCUGAAGCGUCGAGAUCCCCAGCACGCAUUCGUGCUGCGCAACGAUGAGUGGUGGGGCACGGGCAACACCUUGAAGGGAGUGCGUCGCUAUCCGAAUUUUGCUAGUGUCUCCAAGCCGCAGCCGCUGGACGAGUUGGAUAAGUACUUCAAGCCGCCCCCUGUUCCGGGUCUGCAGGUCGUGUUUGACAAGCUCUACAACGACGAGGAACAGCAGGAGUACCAGGCGGAGGAGCUCCUGGCGGCCAAGUGGCUGGAGAAGCGGAAUGUUACGGUGCACGGCAGCUUUGACAUGGAGGAGACUGUAUGCCUGCCCGGCAAUAAGAUGCCGCGUCGCAAGAGCUUCUUCCCUCCGGCCCAGCAGGGUUCGUCCAGGAAAUCCAUGAUGCCGCCACGUGUGUCCAUGGUCCAGGAGGAGGAUGAUGCCGUCGAACAGGAGACAGCUGCAGCUAUAGCUUCAGUGCCUUCUCCUCCUCUAGUUGUACCGCAGCCGAAAAUAGUGCCGAUAGUUGAAAUCUUUGAAGAUUCGGAUCCUACUCCCGUCCCCAAGGAAGAUGAAGAUAACUUUGCGAAGCCUGCCCCACCGCUGCACAAGAUCGAGAUAUACCAAGAUACAGAAGAUCCGAUCCAGCCGUCGAACUUAAAACCCCCCAAAAGUGCCUUUAACGAUGCGGACGAGACCUGCUCCACCCAAAUGUUCAACAUGUUCAUUCCGAACCAGGCGGUGAGCACGCCCAAGGGCCCCCAAAAGCAGGCACCGGCGCGACAGUUUGGCACCGUCCUCAAGGAGCUGCCUCCGGAUCCUGAGGAAGCUGUUUCUCCGGCAGCUGCGCCAGAAGAGUCCCCAGGGGAGACCAACUCGCCGAAUCUGCGCAAGCAACUCUCGACGAUAUUGGAGACCUCGGAACACGGCACCCACAGCUCGGGGGCCACGACGACCAAGUCCACCCUUACAUCCACAUCCAGCUCUCCGGGAUCUCACACGGCCGUGGCGCUCUCCAGCCGGAGUGCGAGUGAGGAGUGCACUCCAGCAGCAGCGCGCCUGCAGCGUUUGGGUGCCUCUGAGCUGUCCACAGUCGGCGAGGAGCCCGAUCGUCAGUAUGGUGGGAACUUUUCGCGUCGCGAACUCUGGGAACCCAAUGCUCCCAGCGUGCCGAUGAUGAAGUCCCUGCACUUCGAGGAGGACAAAACCGAGACCAUACCGAGGCCGCUUGCCCGCUUCCAGGAGGAUAAAACUGAGACUCUGCCCAGGCUUCCGACUGUCAUGGCGGAAGUUUCGCUCCAUCAGCGAUCGGCGGUUGCUGCCUCGAGCCUGGCCCCGCAAUUGCCCCCGCUGGACGACGAGGACGACUUGUGUGGGAUGUUUGUGCAAACGCCGCCAAAGUUUAAGACAAUCGGCUCUCCGUUGCAGGGAAAUGCCGGCUCCAAGCGCAUCUGCGAUCAGACCACGCCAGAUUUCUUCGGCAAGUCCAUACGAGUGGCGUCGGAUGCCAAGAGUUCCUUUGCGAUGGCCAGUGGCCAACCGGCAGGCGCUCCCAGCAUCAGCAAGCUGGCGGACUCGUUUAUGACAGACCUCUCCUUUGUGGCGGAGACACAGCCUGUGCCAGUACAGUCCAUCUGCACGGAGAUGGCGAAGCCGAAGCCAGAGGCCGCGCCCAUGCAAAAGAAGUUUGAAAUUUUUCUGGAUGAGACCAUGCCAGAGCCAGCCGCUCCUUCCAGUGCUGCUGCCCGACGCAGCAGCUUUGCCUUGGACUGCACGCUGCCGGAGACGCAGAUGCCAUCACAGAAGGAUCCUGCCCACUUGAUGGCUGAUCUGAGCGUCUGUACUCCACCGCUGCCCGUUCCAGCUGCGGCCUCUGUUUCUAUGAGCAAUCAUCGCUCCUCUACUACUCUGAAGUUUCUUAGCGACUCUAUGUCCAAAUCCCUUAGGAAAUCCCCCAAGAAGAGUGUACCCGGUGGGGACAAGCAGUCGGGCGACUUCUUCGAGCUGAAUGCGGCCACAGAGAUGUUUGACACCAACAUAAGCAUGAUCAGGAACUCGACGCUGUUGCCGCCACCUGUUGCUGUUCCGGCCAGGCUCGAACUGCCUAAAGCGGAUGCGGAUGCGGAUGCAAAUGCAGAUGAAGACGCGGGAGAGAUGAGCAUCUACCAUAAAACGACUCCAUUGACCCCAAAGCAGUCGAACCAUUCUUGGGCUCAGGCAGAUUUUGAGUUGCCGAAGAACAAGGAAUUUGUCCAUCCCAAGGCGAACGUGGAUCAGUCAGUGCUGAACAGUACGAUGGCCGACAGCAAUUUGAAUCCGUUCAAUGUGGAUCUGAUCAACUCGCUGCUGGACUCCAUCGACUUCUCCAUGUACAUUCAGAAGCUGCCCCAUUGCCAGCUGGUGGGCACUGCCAAGCGACUGCAUCCGGGCACGCAGCUGGAGGUGCACGGCGAGAAAUUCGAGGUGGACAAGAUCAUUGGGAAGGGAGCCUACGGCUCGGUCUUCGUCGGACGGCACUGCAAGACGGGUAACAAGGUGGCCGUGAAGCAGGAGCGACCCACAAACUACUGGGAGUUCUACAUAGGCCUGGAGGUCCAUAGUCGCCUCACCAGCGAUCGAAUGAUCCCAGCCUUCAUGCACAUCGAUUAUGCCUUGGUGGGGAACAACUCCAGUGUCUACAUAUCGGAGUUCUCGGACUACGGCUCGCUAAUCAACGUGUGCAAUAAGUUCAAGAAGCACACCAACAAGAACCUCGACGAGUAUGUUGUGAUGCACAUGAGCUGCCAGCUGCUGGACAUUGUGGAUCAUCUGCACGCCAUGGGCAUCAUUCACGCGGACAUCAAGCCGGAUAACUUUCUGGUCAUGAGACCGUUAUGUGCGCAACCCAACGAGCUGAGCCUGAAGCUGAUUGACUUCGGCGUGGCCAUCGACACCAAGCUCUUUCCGGCCAAUCAGGCGUUCAAUUAUGUGCAUCACGAUGAAUCGUUCAAGUGCAUCGAAAUGCGCACAAAGCGCCCCUGGACGUAUCAGCUGGACUUGUUUGGUCUCGUGGGCGUCAUGCAUGUGCUGCUGUUUGGUCGCUACAUGGAGGUGGCCCAGCGGCAGCCGAGCAGCAUCUGGAUGCCCAAGACAGCCCUGCCGCGCUACUUCCAGCGUGAUACCUGGGAGACCAUUUUCCGGGGACUGCUCAACGUUCGCGACUGCCGCACCAUGCCCAAUAUGCAGCAGUUUCGCACGCUCUUCAAAUCCGAGCUUGUCGAAAAAGAGAAAUACGUGGCCGAGGCCAUAGGCAAAUUCAAUAUGAUACUGCAGCGAUAGGGAUUCGUUGUGUAUGUAGAUGUACAUAAGCAACGUGGAAGGCGCCUUCAUGUAGGCCUAUUCCGUAUCCUCUCUUGUACAUCUUUCCCGCCAAUACACUAGUUAACUAUAAUUAUAAGAUUACAUGGUUAUGAUAUGAA